AGGCGGUGAUUUUAGAGGAUGUGGUUGUGAACUUCAGCAAUGAGGAGUGGAGUUUCCUGAGUCCAUCCCAAAAGAACCUCUACAGAGAUGUGAUGGGUGAAAUCUUUAGGAACAUGGCUACAAUAGGAGGACUUGGAGAUAUCCAGGAAGCUGAAAAAGAAUGCAAAAUUUACUGGAGAUACUUAAGAAAUGACAAGCUAGGGAAAUCCUAUGGACAUACAUCUUGGAAGCAGUGUAAAGAAGUAUUCCCUUGUACUGCAGAAAGUAAUGUGAAUGUGAAAGAAACAGAAACACACCACAAUGUUCAGAUCCAUGAAAAAUAUUGCAGUGGAGGGAAACCCUACGUAUGUAAGCAAUGUGGGAAAGUUUUUAAAACACGUGCAUAUUGUAAGGUUCAUGUAAGAAUUCACACUGGAGAGAAACCAUAUGUAUGUAAGCAAUGUGGGAAAGCUUUUAACACACGUACAAAUUGUAAGGUACAUCAAAGAAUUCACACUGGAGAGAAACCAUAUGUAUGUAAGCAAUGUGGGAAAGCUUUUGCCAGACCUGAAUGUUGUAAGCAACAUGAAAAAGUUCACACUGGAGAGAAACCCUAUGUAUGUAAGCAAUGUGGGAAAGCUCUUACCAGACGUGAAUGUUGUAAGCAACAUGAAAGAAUUCACACUGGAGAGAAACCCUAUGUAUGUAAGCAAUGUGGGAAAGCUUUUACCAGACCUGGACGUUGUAAGGAACAUGAAAGAAUUCACACUGGAGAGAAACCCUAUGUAUGUAAGCAAUGUGGGAAAGCUUUUAACACAUGGGGAGAUUGUAAGGUUCAUGAAAGAAUUCACACUGGAGAGAAACCAUAUGUAUGUAAGCAAUGUGGGAAAGCUUUUAACACACGUACACAUUGUAAGGUUCAUGAAAGAAUUCACACUGGAGAGAAACCAUAUGUGUGUAAGCAAUGUGGGAAAGCUUUUAAAACACAGGGAUAUUGUAAGAAACAUAAAAGUUCACAUUCAAUAUAAAACCAGUGUAUAUAGGCAUCAUGAGAAUGGUUUCAGCACAUGUACAUAUUGCAUAAUGCAUGAAAAUCUUCACACUGAGCAGAAAACUUGCAUAUGUAAGGAAUGUGGGAAAAAUUUCAGCAGAAAUGCUCAUUGUCCAAUACAUUAUAAAAUUUACAUGGUUGAGAAACUCUGUGUGUAUGUGAAGAAUGUGGGAAAGUUUUCACCACACAUGGAUUUUGUAAAAUACAUCAAUGACUCCACACUGGUGAGAAACCCUAUGUAUAUAACAAUGUGGCAAAGCUUUACCACAUACAGUCAUUGCAAAACACAUGAAAGAAUUCACACUGGGAAGAACCACUGGCUAUGUAACCAAGUGGAGACAAUUUCAGCAGCCAGACUGUAAGUGAAAUACAUGAAAAAAUACUCACACAAGAGAUAAAUCCUAUGUGCUAUGGGAAUACUCUCAGCACACAUGAUCAUUGUUACAUAUCUGAAAGAGCUCACUGGGCAGAGAUCCUAUGUGGAUUAACAAUGUGAGAAAUAUAGCAAUCCAUGUUUCUUGUUAAAUACAUAGAAAAAGCAUCACUGUUCAGAUAGUUUAGAUCUAAGUUUACUUUAAAAAUCCCAAGGAGACCUGAAGAAAUAAUCUAUACAGAAGUUAGAUGUCAACAUUUCUUCACAAAUAUUCCAGAAAUGACAAAUCUGAGGUGGGGCUCUCCUUAGUUGCACAUGUUGUACAGUUUUCAGUUAAACACUUGUACCUCUCUAGAUUUUUUAAUCUAGAUGUUUUUGUGCAUCAACAUGGCAUCUUGUAACUAAACAUGCUCAACUGAA